GCUGCAUUCCUAUGACUACACCUCGCGUACUCCGAAAUGUUGUAGAGAAUCGAAAUGAAUGGCUUCUUUUAUCAUGACGCAUUUCACUUUCUCAGAUUACUUGAAAUCGGAGUGCAUUGUAGCUCAAACGGAAAUAACUCGGAGAGCGCUCGAUCAGUCACGUAAUGAUAGAAAUAAUGACCAACUGAGAAUGCUGAUCUUAGAGAUUGUGAAUUUGAGGGAAUAAUGUCCGUGUAGACGAAUCACGUUUGCUUGACAUCAAUUUUGCUGCCCAAGGCCUACGUUUUUUAACCACACUUUUGGAAAUCUCGACCGUCGUGGAUAAGGUUUAAGGAACUUGAAAAAGCACUGAAGCGCUAAGGGUCACUGUCGUCGAAAAGCACUUCUUUUCAAAUAGGAAGAAUUCCAAAGUCCUUCGCAGAGAUGCACCAACCAUUUUCUAGUUAUGGCAUUUGAAAGAGAUCUGCUGAAUAGUUUCUGGAUGGCGUCGACAGUUUCAUGAAGAUGACAGAGACUUUAAGACUUCUCUUGCCCAUUAGCGUGGUAGCAGCGACUCUUUCAGUCUUCAUAGCCGUCCUUGUCAUCCGAUGUUAUUUAAGAUGGAAGAGGCAACACAAGAAAGAGCAGAUUUUUGCAGAAGGACCCGUACCUAAGCUGGUACUGUCUUCCCAGCCUGUGGAUUUUCUAGUUCCGCUUUUGAUUCAAGACAGAUUGGAAGAGGAGGAAGAAGUAGAUCAGUUUGAUAUUCACUAUUCUGUUAGUGGAGCAUCCAGCGAGGACAUCGGUCACGAGCCCGAAAAGAGUCAAACUGGUGAGCGCAAUGUCCGUCCUCUGCUUGCGAGAUUACACUCUGAGGCCAGUGUUUUGGACAGAAAUGGUCAGCGGGUUAACUUGCGCUGUCAUGCACCUCGCAGCACUAAGAGAGGAGAAUCCCUUUUCUUCGACGAUGGCGCCGAGAGUUUUCAUUCAAGUGAUGAAUCAUUGCUGCCGAGGUGUUCCUCCGCCGGCCCUCAACCCAGACCUCUUCGUAGAGGAUCUCGCGCAGAUAGCCUCAAAAGUUUAUCUCGAGAAUCACUUUCAGAGGAGUCAUCGUUACCAGAUCCCACUCCGCACAUGCUCAAAUCAUUGGUGUCUUCUAUAAAUACUACUUUACCCAAGUCAAAGCUGACAAAGCAAAGGAGGAAAAGCGCGAAUGAAGUCUCUUACACCGGCACCAGGCGAUCUAGGAGAAAUUCUCAAGUAUCGCGAAAACGCGGCAAGAUCACCUUAAAAAUGACAUUUGCUGAAGAUCUUCGCAGUCUCGAAGUUCAUUUAAUUAACGCCACAGAGCUACCACUCAGACAUGGUCGCAUGUUGGAUGUCUUUGCGCGGCUUUCACUCAAGACGCCGUCAAAACGCCGCGGCGAACGACUUCAAAGCAAAUUACUUAAGAAGACCUGUAACCCUAUAUUCGAUGAACGAUUCGUCUUCAAAAAUCUUCAUUUGGCCGAGUUGAAGAAAGGACGUUUGAAGAUCAGGCUCUUUGAUCGCCAUGGUGUCUCGAGAUACGAACCGAUCGGAGAAACAGUAUUUUCUUUAUGCGACGAAAGUAUCAUGCGCGGAGACGAGUUGUGUCGAGACCUGUCGCCUCAGUUCGUUGGUGAGCUCCAGUUCUCUCUCUGCCAUGAAGCCACAUCUUCUCAUCUGAAGGUCAUCAUAAUGAGGUUGAAAGAUCUUCCAAAGUCCGUGAAAAAUCCUUCCGUCGCUGUGGAACUCACGCACAAUCGCAAAGAGGAAGUCAUUCAGAAACAUCAGACUAAAGCUGGGAAGAAAGACCUAACCAUUAACGAAGAAUUCAGUUUUGAAGUUGCUACAAAUAGCUCUUGCACUCUUGAAAACUUUGGCGUUCAGUUCACUGUUUUUCAACACGAAUUUAUGCACAGGAACGAGGUCAUUGGUCACGUGCGGCUGGGUCUGGACGCGCCAUUUCCGUCUGAGAUAAACCAUUGGAAAGCAGUCACGCUAUCUCCUCAUAAACCCAUACAAGGCUGGCAUAAGCUUCAUGGACCUCUAUGAAUGAUAACUUGCUUAGGGAUAAUCAUAAUAAUUUGUAAUGAAAAAUGACUUUGUACCAGGGAAGGAUCCAGGAAUUUUUGUAAGAGGGUCCCAAUGGGGUAAUGGCUUUUACGGCUAACGGUUACAAUUUUGGCCAUUUUAUGGCUAACGGUUCAUUUCUUUCGAUCGUGAUCAAAAGAAUAAAUUUUUACAGUCAUUUUUUACGCCUAACUGCUAAAUAUUUUUCCGUUUUACGGUUAAUCACUUUGAGACCCUCUCCCAAGCGGGGGGCAAAAAACUUAAAUUCAGAAAACACAGAA